AUGUCACGCGCGAUUCUCAUCACUGGCGCCACAGGCAAACAAGGCGGUGCCGUUAUCAGUGCUCUUCUAGCCAGACAGCCAUCGGACUUUCUGCUUCUUGCAGUAACGAGAAAUGCGCAGUCGACAUCUGCCAAACGACUUGCAGCAAAGUCCUCGAACAUCAAACUCGUUGAGGGAGACCUUGAUGCAACCCCGGCGUUAUUUGCUUCCGCAAAGGCCGUUGCCGGAACCGUUCCUCUAUGGGGCGUGUAUUCUGUUCAGGCAAUGGGCGACCAGAAGUCAGAUAGUGAGACAAAGCAAGGCAAAGCAUUGGUGGAUGAAUCCAUUAAGGCAGGGGUGCGGCACUUUGUCUACAGCAGCGUCGAGCGAGGCGGUGACGAACGGUCUUGGAGCAACCCUACGCCGGUACCACAUUUCAUCACGAAGCAUCAAAUUGAACACCACCUCCGCGACAGCGCCGUCAAUAGCAAGACCGACAUGGGCUGGACGAUCCUGCGUCCUGUCAUCUUCAUGGACAACCUCAUGCCAGGCUUUUUCGGCAAGGUGUUCUUCACCAUGCUCCGCGACACCAUGAAGGAGAAGCCUUUGCAGUGGAUCGCGACCAAGGACAUUGGCUUCUUCGCGGCUGAGGCAUUCCAUGACCCGGCUACCUGGAACAAGAAAGCGGUCGGUCUGGCUGGUGACGAGCUUACCUUCUCGCAAAUGAACCAGACUUUCGAGAAGGCGACUGGCGCACCCGUCGGGACCACGUUUGGAUUGCUCGGCAAAGCUUUGAAGCAUGGAGUCUCUGAGAUUGGUAUCAUGGUCAACUGGUUCAAGGAUGAAGGCUACAAGGCGAAUUUGUCACAGGUCAAGAAAGUCCAUCCAGACAUUCUGACUAUGGGAGCUUGGUUGAAGGAGAGUGCCUUUGUAAAGAAGUGA